AUGAUUGUUGACGAAUCUGGUGAUUCCCACAAACGUGUAAAAAUAACUACUGCUUGCGAUACUUGCAGGAGGAGAAAAGUUAAAUGUGAUGGUGCUUCCCCAUGCGCCAAUUGUCAACGAGGAGGUUAUCAAUGCACGUUCUCGGAUUCGUCUUCAAAACGACCCAGAGGUCCUCCUAAAGGAUUUGUCGCAUUGAUAGAAGAUAGAUUACAUACUAUAGAAUCUCUUUUGGUUAAUCUCGUUAAUAAAGACAAUAAUAAUGAAAUUAAUAAAGAAAUCAAACGGGAAAGAGAAACAACAAUUGAAGAGACAACAACUAGUACACGACAAAGGUUCUCAACUUUUAAAAUACGACAUUAUUCCCCCUCAAAUACUAUUGCAACUACAAAUCCACAGCACCAUUUAUUCAUUCCAUCAACGCCUCCCGCGGAUGCGACUGGAUUUUCCGAAUCACCAACUUUAGUUACCACUUAUAGUGAUGAAUUAGCUAGCGAUGAUGAAGAUAUACUUCACCAAAAUUUGAUUUCUCCAAAUGACGCAAAUAGUUUACAAAGUUGUAAUCUUUCAUUUCUCAUCAAUUCAAAUCAACCUACCGGCUCUUCAUAUGUCGAUCCUCCAUUACCAACUUCUAUACCACAACUAAAUAAAGCCUUGCCUUCGGAUGUCGCUCAAACGUUAUUGGAAAAAUAUUUUAACCAUUUUCACCCAUAUUUUCCUAUUAUCAACCGAGCAAAAUUUUUCAGGAAUUUAUCAAAUCCUAAUGUCGAAGACCAGCCUUCUCCUUUGCUUCUUAAUGCUAUAUAUUCUGUUGGUGCUUUAUUUCCCCCGGCACUUCCGGAGUCUUACAGCCCGGUAACUUUUUAUGAUCGAGCACGAAAUAUGUUGGACUUUUUUAUUGAUGCACCUAGAGUGUCAACUGUUCAAGCAUUAAUACUAUUGUGUAUGGUUGACCAAGGAAAACCAACUUCGUACAGACCUCAAACUUAUUCUUCUAUGGCUAUCAGAAUGGCCCAGAGUAUGGGAUUGAAUCGAAGAAAUGGUCCUGUGUAUCAAGGCAAAGGUCGUCAAACAAAAAAACUUGUAUGGUGGGGAUGCUUCAUAGUUGAUAGGCUUAAUAGUCUUGCUACAGGAGAUCCUCUGGCAAUUAAUGAUAGAAUGUGCGACAUAGAACUUCCUUCGCCAGAUGAAGUGGAUGAUCAAGAUGAUGAUCAACAACAGUCACCUCAACAACAAAAUUCACAUAGUUCAACUUACACACAACAAAUAAACAUUUUUGUUAAUUUUAUAAGACUUGCUCGAUUAAUUGGCCAAAUAAUCGAGCAUUUACAAUCAACUUCUUGUAUGGGAAUGUCUUCAUCUUGGACUCAUCAUCUAAUGAUUUCUAACUUUGAGAAUUCACUUGGAGUCUGGCAACGGGAAUUACCUCACUAUUUACAUUACUCACCUUCACCACAACAUAUGCCACUUCCAGGACAUAUAGCUUCAAUUCAUAUGCACCAUCAGACCCUCCAUUUGAUACUUCAUUACCCUUAUAUAGCAAAUAAUAAUGCUAGACAAUCUAAUACACGAAUAUCUAAAACAUAUUUUAAAUCUUUGAAUAUUUGUACGACAGCAGCAAAUAUCAUAACACAUAUAGGAGCAAAAGCAGCAAAAGUUCACGAGAUCAAUGUCGCGUCUUCACAACGAGCGUUAGCCAUACCAUCAUACAAAAACAUUUUAAAAACGAUCAAGAUUUGUCAAUUUUAUCAGCAAAAUAACAUAAUGACAGAAUUAGCUG